AUGUAUCUCCCUCGGCAGCUCAUCUCACACCUCUAUCUACAACUCCUCCGAUCUCACCAUCCACUCUCUCCACCCGUCCUAAUCCUCGUGGCAUUAGAGCCAGACGCGCUAUGUGCCUGUCGAAUUCUUACGGCGUUGUUAAAACGCGACUACAUCCCUCAUAAGAUCCAGCCGGUUGCAGGAUAUGGCGAUUUGACGCGUGCGGGGGAGGAACUGAUCCGCCCGAUGCAGACCACAAAUGGCGGCAGUGGAGGUGUUGUGGUCUGUCUCGGUGUGGGAGGCUUGGUUGAUCUUGGCGAGAUCCUGGCGUUGAGCAAUCCGGAGGACGAGGUGGAGGAUAUGGGAGGCGUGGAGAUCUGGGUAUUCGACGCGCGACGGCCGUGGAACCUGAGUAACGUCUUCGGAGGACAAGUGGGGAUGGGUCAGGCCAUGGCCGAAAUUGAUCCUAAUGCGCGACAACGGACGCGUGGAGUGGACAAAGGGUGCAUUACUUCCGCUUACACGUCGAAGAAUGGCGGCAUUGUCGUGUAUGACGACGGAGACAUUGAGGAGGAACUUCGGAACGAACGAGAAGCAUAUUACGCACUGCUGGAAAUGCCAGAGGUGGAUGAUGAAGACGAUGACGAGAGUGCAGAUGAAUCGGACGAUGAGAUUCAACCAAGGUCGAAAAAGCGCAAGUCGUGGUCAGGUCGCGAAGAUGACGAGGAUUCAGAAGGCGAUGAGCCGCCGCAUCAACGGCGGAGAAGCAAUUCAGGCUCUUCCAUUGCCUCGACCCCAACGCGCCGCAAGAAGACUGGACUCGAUUCUUCCAACUCGUCGCGAUCUGUGACACCGACAACCGAUUCCCCAUCACCGGCGGAGACCAAGCAACCCUCGGCGCGAGCAUUAAAGAAACGUCUACUCAAACUUAAGCGAAAACACGACUCCGUAUUGCAAGCAUACUACUCGUCUGGAACGUCGUACUCCGAACCAAUUUCGUCCCUGAUCUACUCCCUGGCAUCUGAGCUCGGUCGUGAUGAUAACGAUCUGUUGUGGCUUGCUAUUGUCGGUGUCUCUAGCUUGGAACUCAGCGGCCGGACAAUGACUGGAGUGGGAAUUUCGAACACAUCAGAAUCUGGAGGCUCAGCAGGCUGGGGUGGCCAACGUGGAGAACACAUCCGCCAAAUACUCCGUGAUGAAGUGCAUCGUUUAAACCCGCCUGAUCCUAACGAAGAAAAUCGGGACUAUCGAGGAGAACUAAACGGUGUGAUUCCGACAACUGCGAGGUCGCCAACCGAUACGUCCAUUCGCAUUUCUCCUGAACCUCGAUUUCUCCUUGUGCGGCAUUGGUCGCUAUACGAGAGUAUGCUCCACAGUCCUUACCUCGCCCCAAGGCUGCAUGUCUGGACUGAGAACGGUCGCAAACGACUGCAUAAGUUCUUGGCCAAGAUGGGUAUCAGUCUGACCCAGUGCCACCAAUACUAUACACACAUGGACAUGGAAUUGAAGCGUGCUCUACGCAGCCGUCUACUCCAGUUUGCUCCAGUGUAUGGCCUGGACGGACUUGUGCCCGCAGAAGGAGCUGCGAGUGCUAGUGCCCGCGAGGGCUGGGGAUUCGUACGUUUCUGGGGCUGGAAGGCCUGUCUCUCUGCCACGGAUGUGGGUGUCAUUGUGGGUGCAAUGCUGGAAGUUGGGCCUCACGAGACUUCAACUGCUUGGGACGCUAAACGCUUGCCGCGGCAGCCCAAUGAUGCAGAAAGCGGCGGUGUCCCGGGCGAAUCCGACUUGGCUAGUUUACUACCCCGGUUCUGGAGUGCAUACGACGCCCUCUCAUUAACAUCUGAAUCACCCACGCUCCUCCUAGAGUCGCUCCCUCUAGCCCAACAUCUACACCGUGCCAUCCUUCGCACCGGUACCUCCCUGCUCUCAAAACAUCAAAUCCGUCACCUCAGGGCGUUCCGGAUUGCCGUGGUGAAAGAUGGACCCGACGUGAAGCUCUUCACAAACCCUGGGGCCUUGACAAAAUUGGCCCUGUGGAUCGCGGAGGCCAUUCGAGUCCAAGAAAAAGAACGAGGCGACUCAGUCAAGAUCGGCCGCAAGCGUGCAGCUGGUACUCCUCUUGUCCUUGCUGGUCUGGAUGAAGAUCGCGAUCUUUACGUUGUCGUCGGCACCGGUGGUGGCGGUGGUGUUAUUGACUUUGCCGCCAUGCACAAGCGUCAAGACGAACGCAAGAAGAAGAAAGAAGCCAAGGAGAAGAAACAGAAAGAGAAGUCAGAGCGCCGAUCGAAGCGGGCAGCGGAGCGUGCCGAGCGUGAAGAUGGAACUGGCGCCGAGGAUGAAGAUUCUGAAGAAUCCGAGUCCUCAUCGGAAUCGGAGUCCGAGGACGAGGAAGACCACGGGAAGAAGCAUCUCCUCCGCAACCGAUUUGGGAUUGCUUUCCAAGAGGUGGUCCAGGAGACGAACGCGCGUGUCCGCAUCGACAGCUUCGAACACUGUGUUGUCGAGGUCCAGAAGGAUGAUCUCGGCGGAUUCCUCGAAGCAUUGAGUUUCCGCAGUGUGGUGGGAUAA